AUGGAGUCUGACGGUUCUGGGGAAGGUUCCCCCAACCUCCCGCCCCUGGCCACGGCAGCGGAGGCCGUCCUCGCUCAGGCGGCCGGGUCGUCGCUCUCCCCCUUCGCUGCUCCCUGGGCGCCAUCCUCGCCGGCCGCUGCGGGUCCGUCCGCUUGGGGGCCCCAGGACAUGCUUUCCUUCUCUGACUCCGACGCGUACUCCGACGAGUCGGAUGAGCCGGAGCCCGUCGAUGCGGCGGACAAGGGGAAGGCAGUGAUGGCACCCAGCCGCGGGAGACGUCGCCGCCGCCGCUCUCGUCCUUGCACGGGAGGGUUCAUGGCCGACGCUCGCCGCCAGCCUCCUCCUCGUGCCGCGCGGGAGGCCUCUCCGCAGAGGUUGGAGAUGCAGGCUCCGCGCGCGUCGCUGCGGGUGAGCCUGCGCGGCCUACUCGUCCUCACCACCACGUCCCCCGGGCCAGCGCAUACGUCGACGCUGAUGGAUUCACGCUGGUCGAGAGCCGCCGUUGCUGGCGCAGCUGGGAGCGCCCGCAUGUCUCCCGCCACCGCCCCGUCCCGUCGACGCUGGUGGGCCUCUGCUUCAACUGCCUGGCGGGGGACCACGUCGCCGCCGAGUGCCGUUUCCCGUCACGCUGCCUACACUGCAGGUGCCCGGGUCACCGCGCUCGCGACUGCAAGCGUGGCCGCUUCCCCACGCGACAGCCCGCGCGCGGCAGGGGCGCGCCGCGGCCACGUCUGGUGCGCCCAGCUCGCCCACCGUCGCCCUCCGAUCAACGCCGUCAAGGAGGCGCUCUCUUCUCUGGCCCUGGUGGCCAUAGUCGGCGGGACUCGACCUCCGGUCUCCCCUGCUGAGGUCCGUGAGCUCCUGGUGUCGUUCUACCACAUCCCGUCGGAGUCCUUCACUGUCAGCCGGUACUCGCAGAAAGACUUCCUCGUUCGUUUCAACGACAGCGACAACCUCCUCACCGUUCUCCAUGGACCUGUGCCUGUGAACACCCCCUUCUUUGUCGUCUGGAAGAGGUGGCACCGUCAGUCGAUGGCCUCCGCCGGCGCUUUGCGCUACAAGGUCCUCCUCGGCCUCAGGGGGAUGCCGGCCCACAUCGCAGGUCUGGACGCGGCGGAGCGCAUUCUUGCCAGCUCUUGCGCCGACCUCGUCGAGGCGCCGCAGAUGGCGGACAGGGAGGACCUGCGGGAAUUCUUCGUUGCCGCUUGGUGCAUCCACCCAAGAUUCAUCCCGCAGCAGAAGAUCAUCGUGGUGCCCCUGUACCUACGGGAGCACGAGGUCAUCCGCUCCGAGCUUCCGGCGCUGCGGUACCUGGUGCGUAUCCGUGUCGUUGAGUCUCAAGACUGGACAACGCCGCCGUCCACCGACAACGACGAAUCGCCGGGGGACAGCGACGACGGUGAGGACCCGGACUGGCUUGACUGGGGUAACCGAGGCCGCUCGGGGCCGUGGCCGCGCAGGCACCGUUUCUGCGGCGGCGGCGACGACGAGAACUCCGGCGGCGCUCCGGACCCACAGCUGGGGCCCGGGUGGGGCCCAACGUUUCGGGAAGCGCCGCGUGUCGUCGUCAGGAAGAUUCCUUCCCCGUUGCGCCCCGAGGCCGGUCUUCGGUCCGCUAGGUCACACCUGCUGACGCGGCCGAAACGUCAGAUGCUGACAGCCGGCCCGGCGUCGCCUUCCUCCACUCAGUCGCCUAAAGCAGCCAAUCCUUUCGAAUUUCAAACCAUCUCCACGCCGAUGAUCGCGCCAUCAAGAAUUGAUCCGAUGCUUACUUUCGUCGAGACACGGGACGAUGGGCGCGCCCCUCCCAGGGUGGCGCCUAUCGAUGCGCUGCUUUCCAGCCAGGAGCCGGACAUGGCGCCGCUAAGCUGCCAGCCGGGCGAGUCGUGGGCUGCGGUGCUGGUGGCUGACGGCCAUGAUCAGUUGGCACGGCCCGCAGUCCCGCCCGUUGAUCGCGGCGGAAACCCAGAGCUGCUUCCUACAAGCGACGACAACUUGGACCCUCCGUCUGCCACGGUGGUGCCGUGCCCACCCGACGCCAACGAAAAGGAGAUGUGCUCCGCCUCGGUCGAGGACUUCAUUGCCGGCCUCAGGCUGCCGCUCGAACCGCUGCUCAUCCAGUCGCCGCCGCGCCUCCGUCUCGCGCGUUCCAGUGGAGAACCUCGUCCCGCGUCGUAG